UCCGCGCUUUUCAACUUCCAGUCACUGCUCCUCGUCAUCCUGCUUAUGAUCUGCACAUGCACGUACGUCCGCGCGGUCAUACCGAGGCUCAUUGACCGAAACAAGGAGGGAUUCCUGGGUUUAUUCUGGAUGUCUGCGCGCAUAGGAGAACGCCUGUCGCCAUAUGUAGCCAUAGCGUGCGUCGUGAUGGCAGGGACAUUGUUGGUACAGUGA